CCGGCUCGUGCCAGGCAUAAUAAUUCAAAUUUGAUGAGUUUCGUACGAUUGAACGGCACUCGCUGCCAUAAAAUGGUAGCGGCGGCAGCUAACAAAAAUGUCAUUUUCAAAUUAUUGCGUAGCGCGGGAACUGCCAUAUUAGCGUUGCCAGACGAUUGGCGUAUUUUGCAGCAGUCUGGCAGGGCACGCAGUCACCCACGCAAUUUCUGUACCAAAACAACCAUCGGCUUCAGACAACAAAUGGACCACACAGUGCCACCCAAAGAGUACAAAUGGAUGCCCAACAACCUAAUUAGUGAGAAUUUUCGCUUGGGCCCCAAUGGACAUGUGUGUAUUGUGCUUAAUCGGCGAAUCCAAGUUCCCGCACACGUGGUCAAGCGGUUAUGGAAGAAUGCAAUCUUGCGAUGCACCGUUGACGGCGGUUCAAAUCACUGGCGCAACUUUGUGGUAUCACAAGCACAGCAAGCGGCCUUAAGGCAGCCAGAGCAGACAAUGAGCGACAAUGACAAUGAUACAACGCCAGUUGCAGAGUUGGUUGAACCACCAGAUCUAAUAACAGGCGACUUUGAUUCUAUAACCGAAGAAACGAUCGAAUUUUUCAAAUCAACGCCCAAAAUCAACACGCCCGAUCAGGAUGCAACAGAUUUUACCAAAGCCUUCACAGUGCUCCAGCCGGUGAUGGUGCAGCGUAAAGUAAAAGAUGUCGUCGUCUUUCAUGAUUGUUCGGGUCGAUUGGAUCAGGUGAUGGCCAAUCUGAAUACGUUGUACAAGAUGCAGAAAGACAACUGCAAUGUGUAUCUGCUCAGUGGCGAUUCAAUAACGUGGCUGCUGCGUCCGGGAAAACACACAAUCCAAAUUCCACUCGAUCUGGUGACCAAUCAACGAUGGUGCUCCUUAAUUCCUGUAGGAAGUGCGGCCCAUAAUGUGACCACAACGGGAUUGAAGUGGAAUCUGUACCACGCACAACUGGAUUUUGGUGGCAUGGUCAGCACAUCAAAUACCUAUUCCACAGAGUUUGUUCAAGUGCAGACAGAUGGUAACUUGAUUUGGUCCAUGGGCGCCUACGACUUCGAGGAGAAGCCACAAUCAAGCGUAAAAUAGGAAUAAUAGCCAGAGU